UGUUAACAAUAAGAUAAACUGAAUCUUAACCGUUCGAGUCUCUUUAAAGUACUACGUAGUUUCCUUUAAAACACCGGGCUUAGAACUUAGAAGAAUGAUUUGAAAUUGGAAUUAAGUUUCAUUUGAUGAAAGCAGUUGUUGUUUUUUAGAUGCUUCGCUUCAAACUCGUUUCUGGCCUGGGUGUAAAUUUAAAUAGAAGAAUAAUGAAGAACGCUGAACAAUGAAGUGGAUAUUAGUUUUCUUAGCUGUAACGAAUAUUUUACCUUUGUCAUCCAACGCAGACAAAUGUCCUGGAAACGACAAAGGGAGUAAAUCGGCGCCUUUGCAUCACAUAAUUGAAUUUGAUAAGAGAAAUAAAGUUGGUGGGAAAGAUUGCGAAAAGAAAAAAAACGCAUCCUCCAAAAGUUCAGGCGCUGUUCUUGGUCUUCAUGGUCUUCUUCAUGCAAGAUCGCAGCAGAAAAAUAGACAUAAUACAACUAAGUUGAAAGAGCAAGCGUCUUCACACAAAAACAUUCUUAUCGAAAAACCAGAAGAUCAAGCAGGAUCGAAAAGAACAAGUAGCCAGCUACAUAAACUUCAAGUACGAACGGAAACCAUCAGUAUGCUGCAUAAGAUCGUCGAGAAGCACUUUCCAGGAGGACACUUAACAGUUGAUCAAAAGAUUAAAGCUUUGAAGAUUCUUGGCAAGUUGAUUAAACUUAAGAAGGAGGGUAAGAAUUCCGAUUUGAAAAAGCUUUUGAGUGCUUUGUCUGUCCAUCAUCAAAACGACGCAUCGCAUGAUUCGAAGGAUAAAGAAAAGGAUAUAAAGAGCGAGCAGUCUGGAAAAAAGGACAAAACUGAUGAAACUGAUGGCGGUGAUAUUUAUGCAAAUAUAGCAAGUGGUCCAGAUGUACCAAAAUUACCACCAGCAGUCAGUGAAAAGGAUCCAGAUCAUGCGCACUCGAACAUUAUGCCAAUUGGUCUUCAACCAAUGGGAGGAGGAGCUGGUGAAAUGAUGAAUACAAUGUCGCGUCCGAAUGAUAUUAGUGACUUCAAUGAUCGAGUAUCCAAUUUCCAAGCGCCGGCUUCAAAUUCACAGGAUAUGGAUACAGGACAAGCCUACCAGAACGGUUUCAUGGGAAAUGGCAUGGGCUUGUCAAGAAUACCCAGCAUGAUGGAUGGACAAGGCUAUGUUCGUAGUCGUAUGCCAUAUCCGAGAAGAAGGCUUUCUGGAAGAGGGUGGCUUAGUGCGAGACGACGGCUCUACGAUGACGAGGAUGACGAUGAUGAUGGCGAUGACGAUGACAAUGAAGAUGAUGAUGAGGAGGAUGACGAUGAAGAAGUGGGACAAGGUAGAACAAGGUCCUAUGUUAAUCGACAUCGUUAUUAUGACGAUGAUGAGGAUGAUGACAAUGACGUCGACGAUACUGGUGAAGAAAUUGAGUACACUCGUCGUUUUGAUAGAAAAGACAAGAUUGCCAAAAGCCCAAAGAACUCGAAAAAAAAUUUGCAAAAGCAUAUGUAAACUGAUUUAAAUAUAUGGACGCCAGUGUAUCGGUAAUAAUUAAUGUACCCUCGUUACUGGAUGAAUAUCUUUAAAGUUUCCAACAGAUGUUAGAAGCCAUUCAAGUUCAUUUUGCCCAAUCUGGUACAAAACUAGAUCGGACAGUGAAACUAGAAAUACGCCCUGUAUGGACAGCCUUAGGCCGAGAUACCGUCGUGGCCAUUGCAAGGAAAAUACAAUGGUUAUAAGGAUCUUGAUAUGCAUGGAGAUGAGCCUUAAGAAAUAAAAGCUCAUUCGGAUUUGGCUGUGGUCGGUUAGAUAGUAGAGGUGAAAAAAAAGGGAAAAUAGAUUUAAACGAGAUUAGAGGCUGAGCUACAGAUUGAUAUCAUACUCAUGUCUGCUGUAUUCGCGCAUUCUUACGAGGCUUACGCAAUCGAAAGAGUCUUAAAGUAAAGAAGGCAUAGCAGGGGCUCCGUGGGAAUAGAGCCUAUCCUAUACUCAAAUUAUACUGUUCGUGACUUCUUAUUUACUUUCAGAAAUAACGAAAUUAUUUAAUAAUUGAUGUCAAAUAUAUGCGAGUUAAUUCUAUAUUUUUUAAUAUUAUGUUGUAAAAGGCAUGAACAUGGCGAAUCAAUCGCUUCAUUUUAAGUAUGAAAACAGAAUAUAUUUAUGUUGUUAAAAAUACUUAUUAAUAGUUUACCCCGCUAACCUUAGUUUAGGU